AUGAGUGACAAUAGACAGCACAACCGUAGAAGGUAUAACAACAAUAACUCCUCUGGAGGGGCCACCAAACAAGAAGGUCCAAAGAGAGAUGCUAUUUUGGAUUUGAACAAGUAUAAGGACCAACGUAUCAGGGUGAAAUUCAUUGGUGGAAGACAAAUCGUGGGUGUUUUGAAGGGCUUUGAUCAAUUAAUGAACUUGGUCUUGGAGGACGUCCAGGAAAACAUCAGAGACCCAGAAGAUGACAGUGUAUUCACAGACGCCACCAGAGAUUUAGGAUUGGUGGUUGUGAGAUGUACCUCAUUGUUGACCAUUUCUCCAUUGGAUGGAAGCGAGAUAAUCGACAACCCAUUUGUGCCACCACAAGAGGAGUAACUGUAUUAUAGAAAUAUACGAGGGAUUGAGCCAGCAGAGCUAGCGAACUAAUCGAACCACGGUACUUAGAAGUGUAGAAUUUGGGGGAUCUCAUAUCAGAAAUGUGUUUG